CGCCACCAUCACACCAUCGCCUGUCGUUUCAUUACAGAAGUCCUUCUCUAGAUACAAAACGGAAAGAAAUCAUCAGCCCUUGCCUAAUAUUGCAAUAGGAGCGCAAGGCAUCAUGGGCAAUUUUGAACUGGAUGAGGAACUUAGCAAUGUGCAACAGGACUCGAUCCACAUUCCAGGGGAAAUCACUAUUGAGGGAGAAAAUCACAAAACUCUGGAGCGAAUUCUGAAUGAAAUUGUCGAUACACUGCAUGAUGCUUCAGGCAAUAUCACCGACAACGAAAUUUUUGAUAAAAUCAGAAGUUUUAUCAAACACUUCAACACCCUUAAAAAGUCAACAGCCACAAAAGUUUGGGAUAUUGUUCUCUCUGGCUUCGCCUCAGAAAUCGCUUCAACAGCUCAGGACUUGGAGAUCAACGACCAAGAUGUUUACAUGCAACAUCGUGAAGCAUUGGAGAUGUACGGGUUCCUGAUUUUUUGGACCAUUGGAAUUACAGAACAGAAAGCAACCUCCCGUGCGGCAGUGUCUGAAAAGGCUGGAAAAGCAACGCGUGCAAAAGGGGCACGAUCUGGCAAAGAUAAUGAUGAAGCGGUUGAAGGAACCUCCACAUGGACUACUGAGAAGCAGAAGGCACUGAGCUUAAUGAGCAAAUGUUUAGAACUGCAUCUUUCCAGGAUAUGGACUGCAACGCAUGAGAAAGAAACAUUUGUUAGCUUGUUCUUCAAACCCGCCUAUCAGAUCCUCGAGAACAAAGAAAACAUUAAGAUUGUAGCGCUUAAACAAAGAGUUUACAAGGUUCUUUGUAUUUGUAUAAAGCGGCAUAAUCACGAAUUUGGUGCACGGACGACCAUCCUACAAAAUCUUCAGUAUUGGGAACACACACCAGAGCCUAUGGCAGAACUGUUAGAGAUGCUAAUCAACGAAUAUGACUAUUCACAACUCACUGACAGUAUCCUCAGAGAUAUCAGUUCAAAGGAAUUUGAUGAGGCCUACAAGGAUGUUAGCGUGCCGAAAGCAUUUUCAAAAUUCCUAACCAAGCUUUCAGAAGUUGCACCUAAAGUGGUCCUCAAACAGAUGGGCCUUUUAAUUGAUCAUCUGGAUGGGGAGUCGUACAUCAUGAGACAAGCAAUUGUCGAAGUUAUUGGGAACUUGAUUGCAUAUCUUUCUGAAGUCGAGCAAACGGAUCAAGUAAAGAAUCAGAUUGACGGAUUUUUCGAUAUCUUGGAAGAACGAUUUAUGGACAAUAACUCAUAUGUACGCACUAAGCUCUUGCAAAUUACCAGUCAAUUGUGUGAUCUUCGCGUCAAAUUUCCCAAACGUCGUCAGCGUCUGGCAGAGCUUGUCAUUGGACGAUUAUCGGAUAAGAGUUUCUGGUCCCGUAAACAGGCAAUCAAAACUCUUGUACGCAUGAUCGAAACUCAUCCUUACUCGAUGCAUGGAGGAGAGCUUAAUUUGGAAGACUGGGAGAUUCAAUAUACAGAAGUUACAGAUGAACUCAAGGCGAUGAUUACGAAACCAUCUAGGAGGAAAGCAGCUUUACAGGGCAACAGUGAGAGUGAAGAUGCGUUGGAAACUGAUAGGAUGGACCAGGAAGAAGAUGGAGAAAGCGAUAAGGAUAUCGCUCUUCCUACAGACGAGGAGUUGCUUGCAUUACAGUCAUCCAAGGAAUAUGUCACUAAAACUUUACAACAGCGAUAUUAUGCCGAUGCAAUUCGCUUCAUCCAUCUCAUCCAUCGUGCAGUACCAGUUAUGUGCGAAUUAUUGGCAUCAACUAUGAAGCUGGAAGUCAUUGAAGCCAUGGAUUUUUUUGUAACAAUUCACCGCUAUAAAGUUCAAGUUGCAACCGAGGGGAUCCGUAAGAUGGUUCACCUGGUAUGGAUGAAAGAUAAUGGUGAUGAAGCCAAAAGCGUGCGUAGUCGGCUCAUGGAAUGCUAUUGGCAGAUAUACCUGGCUCCUGAUGAUACUUUAACCGAGAAGGAAAAUACGGCGGUAAUUGCAAGGAACCUUGUCAGUCUAACAUAUGAUAGUACUUUGGCCGAAUUAACGUCGCUAGAGCAACUACUCAGCACAAUUGUUGUGGACUCGAUAGCUCAUUCAAGUGAUAUCACCAUUUCAGACGAAGUCGUUGAGAAGCUAUGGCAGGUCUAUAGCCAUCAUAAAGACAUUCCAAAUGUUCAGCGUCGAGGAGCUAUUAUUAUUUUGAGCAUGCUCGCUAAAGCGAAGCCAGGCAUUGUCUCUCAAAAGAUAGAGACUAUUCUCAAAAUUGGGCUUGGUAAACAUGGUAAAUCAGAUCCUGCACUGGCUCGCUAUUCGUGCAUUGCCCUUCAGCGCAUUGCUGGGGAGAGGAAAAAACAGAAAGGCGCUAUUGGACAAAACACCGUUAGACUGCCUAUGGAUCAUCCUAUUUUUAUUAAGCUUGGUCAUUUGAUUGAUCAUCCUACGACAUCCAAAAAAUGGUUCGCGGUGGUAGAGCAGGCAAUAAACACAAUUUAUUUACUAGGUGAACAUCCGGAUGCCUUGUGUGGUGAUAUCAUCAAAGCAAGAUGCAAGUCGAUUUUUAAUCUGCAAGAACCAAGCGAUUCACCUGGCGACCAAAUGUCUAUUGACGCUCCUCUGAGUUCUUUAGGUGAGGAUGUCACCAUGAGCCAAGAAAACGCAUUUAUGGUUGAUUCCUGGCAACUCAGUCAGCUUCUAAUGAUUGUUGGACACGUUGCGAUUAAACAUAUCGUCCACAUCGAGGUGAUUGAAGAAGAGUUCAAACGUCGAAAGGCAGCUGCAGGGGAUGAGAAGAAGAAGGGCAAAGACAACGCAGUGAAUGAUGAGUUGGACCAAGUUGUUGGAACCACGGAAGAUGAGUUCGGUGAUGCUAUGGCACAUAUUCGGGAGAGGGAGCUACUCUUUGGUGAAGAAAGUCUGCUUCAAGUAUUUGGACCUUUAAUCAUCACUAUUUGCGGCAAUAAUACUCUUUAUUCGGACAAAACAUUACAAAGUUCCGCCACGCUUGCUCUUUGCAAGUUGAUGUGCGUUUCAUCCGAAUUUUGUGAACAUAAUCUUCAGCUCCUAUUUACAAUCCUUGAAAAAACAACCGAUCCCACGAUUCGGUCCAAUAUUAUCAUCGCUCUCGGAGAUAUGGCUGUAUGCUUCAACAAUCUCAUCGAUGCUAACAUUACUUAUCUUUAUAAGCGACUUUCGGACUCGGAUGCCGCCGUGAAGAAGAACACAUUGAUGGUGCUCACUCAUUUGAUCCUGAAUGGAAUGGUCAAGGUCAAAGGUCAACUCGGUGAGAUGGCUAUCUGUCUUGUAGAUGAAGAUUCACGAAUUAGCGACCUUGCCCGGCUUUUCUUUACAGAGCUUACUAGCAAGGAUAAUGCUGUUUAUAACAAUAUGCCGGAUAUUAUCAGCCACAUGUCAAAUGCGAAUAUCGAUGAAGAGUCAUACCAUAAGAUCAUGCGCUUCUUAUUUGAGCUCCUCAAGGAAAAGAACAUGGAAUCAAUGACUGAGAAGUUGUGUCAGCGCUUUAAGAAUACAGAUGAACCCAGGGGAUGGAGAGAUAUUGCUUUCUGUCUGUCCAUGCUACCAUUUAAAACUGAGAAAAGCUUUAAGAGGUUGCUGGAAGGAUUUCCAAACUACCAAGACAAGGUUCAUGAGGAGCAGGUGUUCAAAUAUCUUUCGGAUAUCAUUGCAAAGGGCCGUGCCAUCAAGCCUCCCAAACCUGAGAUGAAGCCCAUCAUUGAUGAGUUUGAGAAUAAGCUUAAGGAAUUCAAAGCUAAAGGUGAUGAGGUUCAAGAGACUGAGGCCAAGGCUAUUUCGGCUGUAAAGAAAGGUAACCGGAAGGGAGGACGCAAGGCUGGAAGCUCACUGGCUGGACUAAAAGUCAAAGGAGUUCCAGAGCAAACAACCAUGCCAUCAGUUACGGAGAAGAGGAGAACCAGAAGCAGGAGAAUCGAAGAUGAUGAUGAAUACGAAAAUGACGAUUGAAAAGGCCG